CUGCGACUUUCCUGCAUCAAACAUGAAGGUGCUGGUGAUCACCAUGAGCGUUGCCCUGCUGGUGGGAACCUCCAGGGCAGGCGGAGGACAUGGAGGCGGUGGUGGGUUUGGAGGCGGCGGAGGUGGAUUUGGACACGGUGGAGGCGGCUUCGGAGGAGGUGGACUGGGUUCAUUGGGCGGUGGAUCUCGCUAUGGUUCAGGUGGUGGCGGCGGCUUCAGUGGAGGCAGCUUCGGUGGAGGCGGCUUCGGAGGUGGUGGAUUCGGAGGAGGAUCCAAAGGCUUCGGUGGUGGCAGCCACGGUGGCGGCGGCUUCGGUGGUGGUGGAGGCUUCGGUGGUGGCGGCUUCGGUGGAGGCGGUGGAUCUCGCUAUGGCUCCAUUGGAAGAGGUUUCGGUGGUGGUGGCAUCGGCGGAGGCGGAUUCGGAGGAGGAUCCAAAGGAUUCGGUGGUGGCGGCCAUGGUGGCGGUGGAUUCGGUGGUGGCGGCCAUGGUGGCGGUGGAUUCGGUGGUGGCGGCGGCUUCGGAGGCGGCGGUUUCGGCGGUGGCAGCUUUAGAGGAGGAUCCCACGGCCAGCGAUAUGGAUAAAAAGUGGAUACGUUAACUAAGGAUUCUAGACAUUUUAGUAAAGAGAAAUCAGUUCUCUUACAGAUUAAAUAUUCUUGACACCAUAGAUAAUUUAUAUGCCAAAAAUAAACCUUUGAAUUCAA